AUGCAUUUCUCAACUGCAUUGAUCGCCUCAGUAGCCGUAUUGGCUCCCCUCGCUAACGCUGUCGGCAACGCUGUCGUUCAGAACAACUGUCCCUAUCCCGUUUACCUAUGGUCUGUCGGCAGCGCCAUUGGUCCGGAGCAGACUAUUGCUGCAGGCAAAAAAUACACGGAGGUUCUGCGCCAUGAUCCUGUUUCCGGCGGUAUUGCGAUAAAGAUCACCAAGACUGCGAAUGGGCUGUAUGACGGCAGCCCCCAAACCAACUUUGCGUACACCUUGGAUGGUAGUCAGAUUUGGUAUGACCUGUCGGACGUGUACGGAGACGCAUUCUCUGGCAAGGGCCUCGCCGUUGACCCUUCGGUUAAGACCUGCCCUGAUAUCUGUUGGCCACAAGGCGUCUCGCCCAGUGGCAGCCAGACGCAUGAUUGCACGUCCACUUCGAGCAUUACUCUGACUCUGUGUGCCACCAAGUGCUAG